CUUCUUCUUCUAUAGUAAUGGCAAACGUUCAAAAUGAUACAUUAUAGCCAUGUGUAGGGGAUAGAGAAAGUAAAAGCUUGUCCGGUUUCCUAGGCUACUCAAUCCACCGAGUGCUUCCUAACAGUUUUGAUAAAAAAAGGUGCAAAAACCUAACGCCUUAAACCUUAAUUCCUUUGACUGCGAAUUAUAUAUACAGAUAAACAGUUGUGCAGGAAGGAAGACGUUAGUAGGGUUGAAAACAGGAUAAAAGCAAAAAGAUCACAGCUAGACAAUUUCGUCUUAUCAUUAAAACAGAUAUACUCAAACUAGAAAAUGACUUCAUUCAUGGUGGAGACGUCCAAGGCACUGGCUUCUAUACUUGACUUUUGUCAUGGCAGAAAGUUCGUUUCACUUUGCAGUGUUUUUUUUAGGCCAAUUAGGGAUAUAAAUUGGGCCCCAAUUCCAAUGGCAAAUGACACAGAACAGCAAAGUUAUGUCAGUAUUGUUUGUAAUAUUCCUAAUAUCACUGGUACCUCUCCCACUGUGCUACAUUCUGAAUACUCAACAAUGGAUGCAGGAACCAGUUGUGAUACUUGUUGUUGGGGUGAUUGUAUUGGCAUUGUUAGUGCUGGUUCCUUGUUUGAUGGUUAGACGUAUGAAGAAUCCAGAGUUUAUUUUGUAUGUGAUGGGGUUAUUUAUGUUUAGCAGUAUGAUAGACCUUAUUAUAGCAUUAGAAGCAGACGGCAUGAUUCCAGAGGUCAUGACCUUCUAUUUGAAGGAUGGGGAACCCUACCUGUGGACACCUUACGGGACCAUGAUUAACUACUGGGACGGUACUGUACACUAUGGCCUUUGUCUGUGGAUUCUGUAUGCCAUAUCUAAAAGGUGGAGUUACAGAAAAGUGGGACUGUUCUGGGCUGGUUCUAUCAUCAACAGUUUGUUAGUGCUGGUUCCUGGCAGUGUUUUAGGUAAAUUUGGUAUCAAGGUGGCAAUUCUGUUAAACCUACCCUACUUAUUUGUGCCUGUUUGGAUUGCCUUCAGACUCCUGAAAUCACGACAGGCACAGUCUAUACUGAAUGAACAGCAUGAUAGACCUGUCAGUAUAUGGAAGAGACCACUAGAUCUUCUGUUUCUCAUCUACUUCCUGUAUGCAGCCAUUGUAGAUCUUCUCAGAGGAUUUAUUGCAUUAGGAGGUCAGGAAGAACUACUACUGGAGUAUCUGAGUGAUCAUGAACCUUAUAUCAUGAGUCCAUAUGCUUAUCCAAAAGUUCAGCUGAUAGUGUACAUGGUUUAUUUUGUGCCUUACUAUGCCUGUGCAAUCUACGGGUUGUUGAACCCAGGUCAGACAUGGAUGCCGGACUGGGCUCUCUUGUACGCAGGUGCUGCAGCUCAGGGACAGUUUUCCCAUAUAGGUGGGAGCAUUCAUCCUAGAACAGAAGCAGAGUUUCACGUGCCAGCACGGGCUCAUUCCCAACAAGUAUUCUGGUUAUUGAACAUCAGUCUGUUUAUUAUACCACAGUUGUUUGCUCUCAGACAAAAUCUUUCUGGGAAGAAAAAUAAAAUGAACAAGAAAUCACAUUAAAAAAUGUUUCCGCUCUAUGUUCUUAUUCAAAAUAUAUUGUAUUUCUAAGUAAUAUUUUAAGAUUCAUUAAAUAUUUUAUAUUCAUUAACUAAGCAGACAGUUUGCUUUCAGAAAAGGUAGCAACUAUUUUUAUAAUACUAUAUAAUGUAAUGUAUGCUAAUUUUUAUGUUUUCUUUGGAAUAUUCUUUUGUGUUAGUGACUGACAAUUGCUCAAGGAAGCAAUCCAGCUGGCUUAAGGAUGGUCGGUGGUUCUGCCCAGGUGCCCACCCAUGAUGAAGUCAUGCACGGUGGGGCACCUGGGGUCUUCCUCCACCACCAAAGCAGAUUGCUCAAUGAACAAAUUUUCUUCUUAAAAGCACAUGUUAGAAGUGAAAAAAGCUGCACAUGUUUGUGGUUGCUUCUGGCUUGUUUACUUGACUAAACUUUUAUUACAGGUCUCUUUACAUUUGAUCUUACAUACCACAAAUCAUAAAUC